AUGUCUUCCAAGCCCAAGGAGGGUCAGUCAUCUGGCGGCUUCCACCAGGAGUACAUCGCAUCUCUGCGCUACCGCAAUGAUCUCCCCCCACCUGACAUGCCCCCGAAGUUCCUCGACAUUCCCCACGAAGGCCUAAGCCGUUUCCUCACUCCUGGAUUUGCGUCGAAUCUGGCGCGUCGUGAGGAACCCAAUGUCGAUGUUGAUGCCGAGGGCGGUAUGCCCAUUGACCUUGUUGGUCUCCCGGGUCUUCACUUGGGCGACGAAAGUGCUAUCAUGGCUCCCGAACACCCCGGUCCUCUUGAUGAGGCGGAUCUCCCCCUCCUGAUGUCCCUUGAUCAACUUCGCAACCCCGCCCCUAAGAACACGAAUGUUAGUUUCCUUCGUCGCACGCAGCACAUCUCUGUCGAGCGAGGGGCGGCGGCACCGGGUGCCCCCGCUAAGGCCCAGACCCGUAUCGGUAAGAAGAUCAAGGUUUCGGUGGAUGACCCGAGACACAUCAAGAAGUUCAUUCAGACGGGCUUCGACAUUGCAUACCCCGAAAGCAAGCACACCGGGGAAGAUACAGAGAGCCGGAUCCGCGGCCUUGCCGCCACAAAGGCUGCGAGUGACGCAUGGGCGAAGCCUGUCCACCCUGAUAACCCUAAGUUGAAGCCUGUUGGUUUCUUUCCUGUGCUUCCUGAUCUCGAGGGCUUCCCGGAUCCCGGUGGCUACGUUCAGUUCAAAUUCGACAAGGCGCCUGUUGGUGGUAUUGCUGGAAAGCGUGACAAGCGCAUGGAAGUUGCGUUGCUUCACCCCCGGGCUCCCGAAGAGCGCAUUUGUCAAGAACACGCCUCGAAGACGGCUCUUUACGAGGCCAACCCCGGCAUCUACCCGGACCCGGGUCCUAUUCCAUUCGAUUACGAGCUCCUCUUGCCUGAGAAGCAUGAGAAUGCAAAGAAGAUCCGCAAGAGCAUGAACAUCAACGACCCUGACCGCGACGACGAAAGCCUGUACACCCACGAAGGACCCGAUGGCAAUAAAUUCCACCGCUACGACCGCGCUCGCACCUAUGCCACUAGCAUGCAGUCUCUCAAUGCCGAUCAAAAACAGAGAGAUAUCGCUCUCACUCUCUACAAGCCUAACGAGGGCGAGAACAAGCAGACGGCCGCCUAUUACUACCCAAUUCUGGGUAAGACCCGCCUCAAGCCUGAGCGUGCCCGCACAAUUGCCCAGGCCGGUCUUGCUCCUAGUGCAACCCAGGCACAGGAAGACCAGAUAGAUCAGAUGCAGGUUGUUGUUCGUGACCCCGAUGAGGCUGAGAUGUACAAGCGCUCUCUGCACCGCGCAAACAUCGACCCGAAGUUUGCCAGCACACUUCCCCUCCUCCUGAGCUCCCUGUCGAAGAGCAAGAGGAGCAGCCCCAUGCAGCUGACGAGGACGCUCAAAUGA